AUGGACCCCAUGCUCGGCAUGGAUCAGUGCCAGUGGACGCCGGCGGAGUUGGAGGCGGCGAGGUCGAUCGUGGCUAGGCUGAACAACGGCUACUACGACGUCGGCUCCGGCAACGGCAACGGCAACGGCAACGGGACGAGGCACGACCGCAUUGUGAACGAGCUCCAGGCAUGGUUCCCAUGGAGGAACGUGCGUCAGGUAAUCGACUUGUACGUUGAUCUCGUGGUGGAGAUGUCGUCGCAGGCGGGGGGCGGGCCGGCGCAGGACGGCGGCGCUGGCGCCGUCGUGAACCCAUCUUUUGAUCUCGUGAACGACAACUUCGGCAUGCCGCCGGAGCUAGCUGCCAUGAACGUCGACGCCAGCAUGAACUUCGGCGGCGCCAGCAUGAACUACGGCGACGCCGGAAUGAACUACGGCGGCACCGAAAUGAACUACGGCGACGCUGGAAUGAACCUCGGCGGCGCCGGCAUGGUGUUCGGUGGUGUUCCUAUGGAGGAGACGGUGGAGCAGACGCCGGCGCCGGUGCAGGCGCAGGUUUUCAACGGCAACUACGGUGAGGAGGUGAACCAGGGCGGCGGCGGCCGUCAGCAAGCUGCACCAAAUAAUGGGAGGUUUUGGACAACUACAGAGCACAAGCUGUUUCUGUUGGGGCUGCUAGAGUGUGGCCGUGGCAACUGGAAGAAAAUCUCCAGUCAGUACGUCAGAUCCCGGACGCCGGUGCAGGUGUCAAGCCACGCCCAGAAGUUCUUCCGCCGCAUGGAGAACACCACCGGCAAGCAGCGUUACAGCAUCAACGACGUCGGCCUCUAUGACGCUGAACCCAGCUGGGGCGCCGGAGCCGCCGCCGCCGCCGCCGCCGUGGACAACAACAACUUCGCCGGUUGGCAGGCACUCGCCUUCGCCGGCGGCCACCUCGAGCCUGCCAGCGGCGGCGCCGGCGCGGGGCAUAUUGCUCCGGCAACCUCCUCCUCUUCUGUCGCCGCCAUGAACAACGUCGCUCAAUUCUGGGCUCCUCUGCUGUACAACCCCCAGAUGCAGCAGCAGAUGGUGGACAUGCAGAUGCAGCAGCAAAUGGUGGACACGCAGAUGCAGAACCAGCAGAAUUGGAAUGAUCAGCAGAUGAUGAUGGGUGGUAUAGCUCCAAUGGAGGGAGCAGCUGAUCAUGAUAACUUUGUGCCGGCAGGUGCAGAUUAUCAGCAGCAGGAGCUGGGAGCUGCUUAUGAUGCUCCUGCGGAACAGUGGAUGAUGAACAACAACAUGUUCUGA